UAUUAAUAGCUGAGGGGAGAGAAAGUGAGAUAGCCUACAUCUGCCAGAGAAAAUAGAAACACCACUAUAACUCAGCAAUACAGUCCCAGAGAGCAAGAAAUUCCACCUUGCUCAAGCUUGUGCAGAGACUGAUGUGACUUUAUCCCUCACUGCCUGGACUUAGCGAUGAGGGUCUGACAUGGAGCCAACUGCAUCAGGGGAUGAGUGGGACGAUGACAUCGUCAACCAGUACAGCAUUGAGGAGAGCCUGCAGGAGCUGCACAAGAGAGGAGGCUACCAGCCAGCUGUGAAAGAGGAGGGAAAGGGGGAGAGUCCUACAGACUAUGAGAGGGUCAUCGCAGCUAUAAAGGCAGGUGACGAGGACGGCCUGCUCAAGCUGACAGUUCACCGUCACGCAUUUCAGGAAGCGGACGAGCAUGGCUGGCUGCCGAUCCAUGAGGCUGCAGCCCAGAGCAACACCAACAUCUUAAAACUCACCUUCCAAGCCUCCUCCCCUAGUGUGUGCAAUCUGAUGACCCUGCGGGGAGAGACCCCCCUGUUCCUGGCUGUGGACCGCGGCCUGAGAGACAGCGCCACCUUCCUGCUGCUUAAUAACUGCAGCCCCAACACCAAGAACGAGGAGGAGGACUCUCCCAUAGUGGCAGCUGUAAAGAACGGCUCCUGUGAGCUGCUCUCUCUGCUAAUCCGCUUCGGCGCUGAUGUGAACCAGCAGGGGGCACACCGGCGCACAGUGCUGCACGAGGCAGCUCGGCUGGGCCGCAAGGACGCCGUGGACCUGCUCCUCCGUUGUGGAGCCGACCCAGACCCCCGCAGCAGUUACGGGCUCACCCCCUUGGCACUGGCGGCACAGUGUGGGCACACAGACAUUGUCCAAGCGCUGUUGCAGAAAGGAGUCUCUGUUGAGUCCCAGGCUCUGGACUCUGCUUCCAUCCUGUUUGAAGCAGCUGCCUCGGGGAACCCCGACACCAUCGCUCUGCUGCUGGAGUACGGAGCCGACGCUAACGUGCCCAAAUACUCGGGACACCUGCCCAUUCACCGCGUGGCAUAUCGAGGGCACCUGCUUGCGCUGAAGCUGCUGAUCCCGGUGACCGAGCGCUCGGCAGUGAAGGAGAGCGGCAUGAGCCCCCUGCACUCUGCAGCUGCGGGGGGGCACCCGCAGUGCCUGGCCCUCCUCCUGCAGGCCGGCUACGACGUCAACGUCAUGCUGGACCCCCACGUGCGCCGCGGCUACGAUGACCUCAGGAAGUCCGCUCUGUACUUCGCUGUGUCCAACGGGGACCUGGCCUGCACGCAGCUGCUGCUGGAGGCCGGCGCGCUGCCCAACCAGGACCCCAUCAACAGCCUACAGGUGGCGCUGCACCAGGGCAACCACUCACUCAUCAGCCUGCUGCUGCGCCACGGGGCCAAUGUGAACUACUACUGCCGUGUGAACACCACACACUUCCCCUCCGCUCUGCAAUACGCACUGAAGGACGAGGCUGUGCUCAGGAUGCUGCUGGGAUACGGAUACGACGUGCAGCGCUGCUUCCACUGCCCGUACGGGGACCAGGCUCACCUGCCAGCAGACUACGAAGGCUGGAGCUCCGCCGUCAUCAAGGACACCAUGUUCUGUGAAGUGAUCACACUGAACUGCCUGAAGGAUAUCUCGGGGAAGGUUGUGCGGAUCAUGCUGGAUUACGUCGAUCAUGUUCCAUUCUGCUCCAAACUCAAAGCUGUUCUGAUUCAACAGAAACAGUGGCCAGAGAUCCAACAGAUACAGCAGAACCCACGCUGUCUGAAGCACCUCUGUCGUCUGCAGAUCCGCGGCUGUCUGGGUCGACUCCGCCUGCGCGCUCCGGUCUUCUUAACCUUCCUGCCACUUCCUAACAGGCUGAAAGACUUCCUCCUGUACCGGGAGUACGAUGUGAGGAGAGAAGGCCCCCUGCAGGGCUCCGGCUGACAGGACAGGACAUCGCUUCAUUGUCACACUCCACUUUACAAAGCUGCAGCUGCACGUCGCUUCAUUGUCACACUCCACUUUACAAAGCUGCAGCUUCACCUCUUCUCUUUUUUUGCACUGUCUGGCACUCCCCUGGAUUUGUCUUGCAUCUGCAGUUUCUGAAACUGUAGUCAAAUCCUGAUGGUUUAUAAUACAGUCAGGGCCUUAGUGUAAUAUAGUAUUUCACUGGAAUGUGUUUUAAAAAGUGCUAAUAAUUAUAUUCCAUGUUUCUAGGUAAACAUCAGGGGUAAUAUUAGGGGACAGAUGGAAAAUCAGUUCUACAUUAAAAUCAUUUCUUAUGUGGUAUAAAUAUGAAGAAUUAGGCCAUCCUAAAAACAAACAGAAAAUGUACUGUGCGUCGAGAUCUUUUGUUUCACAAAGUUUUUGUUAAAAAUUCCUACAAGUUUUGGUUUUGUGGAUGAGGAAAAAAGUUAUAAGAAAUAGAUGUCUACAAUUAUUUAUUUCAGUAAUGUUUUUUGCAGAACUCCAAAUUAAGACAUGCUUUUAACUACCUUAAUGACUGUGUGUAACACAUGCUUUGUAACUACUUUUGCUACUUGGAAUGUUUUAUAUUUUAAAACACUGUAUGCUAUUAAGCUUAUUAAACUUGUAUUUUUCAGAAGCUAGAACAAUUGCAUUUUGUAAAAUAGUCCAGUCAUUCUGCAUGAAGCACAGCCAUGGCCUCACAGCCCUGGCUCGUGUGCCUCACAGGAUAUUUGCACCCCAUCUAGAGUCACGGUAAUAAUUCAGUAACUGAGCCUUUUCUUGGAGAACAACAUCUUUUUAAAUGUAAUUUUAUUCAGUGCUCAAUUAUUUUACCCCCAACCGCAGCAAUUCCCCACAUAGCUCAA